AUGCCCAAUACUUUAUCCCUCGAUUUUAAAAGCUCAGCAUUGCUCAUCGCCUUGGUCCUGGUACCCGUCGUCGUCCUCUUUGGCACUGUUGCCGUCGCUGUUGUUUGCUCCGAGCGCUGCAGCUGCCAAUUCGCCAAACCCAGGUGGCUGUCGCGUUUUCCCUGCUGCCGCGGACGCUGGCAUCGGAAGAAGCCACUUCGCUCCGACGUGGAAAGUGGUACUGGCAGCCGCUUGACCGAAUCUUCCGAUGCACCAAUUGAUCCUCUCCAGUAUGGCCCGGCCGUCGCAGGACUGGAGCACGUCUAG